AUGAAUCAUCUGAGCAAUCUUUCACCCAAUCUUGAUCUGUCAUUCACCAGCUCAUCUGCUACUAUAUCUGCCAAUAUUAAUUCUAUUCUCAUACUUAAUGGGACAAACUUCAAGGAUUGGAAGGAGAACAUAUUGAUUGUUCUUAGCUGUAUGGAUCUAAACUUUGCUCUUCGGAUCGAGCAACACACUCCUCUUACGAAAGAAAGUUCACCUGAUGAAAAGAAUAACCUUGAGAAGUGGGAUCGCUCAAAUCGCGUGAGUCUAAUGAUCAUUAAGCGCGGUAUUUUGAAAGCCUUUAGAGGUGCAGAUGCCGAAGAGGUAUCUAAUACCAAAGAGUUCCUUGCUGAAAUUGAGAAGCGUUUUGCAAAAAAUGAUAAGGCUGAAACAAGCACUCUUUUGCAGAGCUUGAUUUCAAUGAAGUAUAGAGGCAAGGGGACCAUAAGGAAGUACAUCAUGGAGAUGUCUCACAUUGCUUCAAAACUUAAGGGACUAAAGCUCGAGUAG